CCGACAUUGUUGUUCUUCAGUUCCACUUUUACUAAAGACUUGAAAAACAAAUAGCGUUGACCUUCGUUUGGUUCCCAACGUAUGUUUCUGCAUCUGAGUUUCGUUUUCUGAAUCCUUCAGACAUAUAGAUAUGGAUCAAGAUUGUUAACGUGAAUGAGUUUCAAGAGCUGGCGAAACAGGCUCUCCCUAAAAUAUACUAUGAUUUCUACAGCGGAGGAGCAGAGGAUCAACACACUCUCAAGGAAAACGUGGAAGCCUUCACUAGAAUCAUGUUUAGGCCUAGAGUUCUUGUUGAUGUGAGCAAAAUAGAUACGUCUACCAGAAUCUUGGGUUACCCUAUCUCAUCUCCAAUCAUGAUUGCUCCAGCAGCAAUGCAUAUGUUGGCUCAUCCAGAAGGAGAAACCGCGGCUGCAAAAGCUGCAGCUGCUUGUAAUACCAUCAUGAUAGUAUCAUUCAUGGCUUCAUGCACCAUUGAGGAGGUUGCUUCCAGUUGUAACACUGUUAAAUUUCUUCAAAUAUAUGUGUACAAGCAACGGGAAGUAACAGCACAGAUGGUGAAAAGAGCUGAGAAAGCUGGAUUCAAGGCCAUAGUUUUGACUGUUGAUGUUCCUAAACUUGGUAGAAGAGAAGCAGAUAUAAAGAACAAAUUGAUAUCACCAAAGCUGAAGAACUUUGAAGGUUUAUUUUCAACUGAACUCCGACCUAGUGAAGGCUCAGGGAUGGAAGCCGUGGCCUCUCGUGGACUUGAUGCUUCCUUUAGUUGGAAGGACAUUGAAUGGUUAAGAUCUAUUACAAAAUUACAAAUACUGGUCAAAGGGAUACUCACACGUGAAGACGCUCUAAAGGCUGUGGAAGCUGGUGUAGAUGGGAUAGUUGUAUCCAACCAUGGGGCUCGCCAGCUUGACUAUUCCCCAGCUACCAUAACUGUUUUGGAAGAGGUUGUUCAUGUUGUUGGAAGGAGGAUUCCGGUUUUGCUUGAGGGAGGAAUAAGACGUGGAACAGAUGUUUUCAAAGCGUUGGCACUAGGAGCAAAAGCUGUUCUUAUAGGGAGGCCUGUAGUGUAUGGGCUUGUAGCUAAGGGUGAGGAUGGAGUUAAAAAAGUGAUUGACAUGUUAAAGAAUGAGUUUGAGUUAACUAUGGCCCUUUCUGGUUGUCCCACCAUUCAUGACAUCACCAGAAACCAUGUUAGGACUGAGGAUGAGAGACUUCACUCUAUGCUCUGAUCCUCAAAAAGCGCCGAGAGAUUGGCCUCAACUCUCAAAGACUGAUUCAGUUGAACAUAUAAUAAUCAAAUACUGUCAGUGGACAACUGGACAUAUACUCAAAUCUUGAUCAAAAUGUUACAUGUGAACAAUAAUGAAUUACGUUCUGUUCCUUCUUACAAA